AUGGCCGUCUGUCACAUGCUGCUAGAGGGUGUGGCAGAAGAUCCAGCACUAAGGCACGCUUUGUGGCACGCGAAGGAAAUGGCUAGAGAAGAAGACAAAAAUCAAGAUGGCAAAAUGGAUCAGUUGUAUUUUAAAUUGGAGCUUCCAUUGCAAUCUACAGAACACGUAGUUGGUGUUCAGCUGAUUCUGGUCUUUUCCUACCAGCUUCAUAGAAUGUCAACAUUUGUGAUGCAGAGCAUGGCUUUCCUUCAGUUUUUUUCUCCUCUACCAGGGUCUUACCUCUAUGUGAAUGGAGACCUGAAACUGAACCAGAGGCAAUUACUUAACCAUUGUGGACUGGAUACCAGAUACAAUGUGUCUGUGAUCAAUGGCACAAGUCCUUUUGCGAGUGACUAUGAUCUAACAAACAUCAUUGCAGCAUAUCAAGAUAGAAAUGUAACAACAGUCUUCUCAGAUCCCAACCCUGUUUGGAUGAUUGGGAGAGCGGCGUUUAUCAUUAAUGCCACUAUUCAUUACCCAGUGGAAGUUAUUUUAUAUCAGCCAGGAUUUUGGGAAAUGAUUAAAUUUGCAUGGAUCCAGUAUGUCAGCAUCCUCCUUAUCUUUCUUUGGGUGUUUGAUAGGAUUAAAAUCUUUGUGUUCCAGAAUCAGGUGUUGACUACAACUCCGAUAUCACCACUUCUGCCAAUGUCUCCAGUAUUGACCUACAAACAGCACCAGUCCUGAGGAAAUGCUUGAAAAAACUUUAAAGAAAUGCAGUACGAAAAUAUAUAUCUGCUUUUAUUCUCUAUACCCUUCUUACUGCUUAAGAUGAGAGCUUUGUAAGUAUGUUAUGCAUAUGUUUGGUUCUUGCUUUGACAGUAAUUCUCUCUCCUCCUCCCCUCCCCCCCUUUUUUUUUCCUUAUAUGUAUUCAUUCAUAUACUUCUGUGGGAACACUGCUUUGAGACUGACACUUUAAGUUUUGUUGGCAGUUAAAGAACAACUGGUUACUUUUUGUAAUAGGAUUGUGUUUCAGAAACUUGUAGAAAUCAACGAGACCUUGCUUUUGAAUUAUCUUAGACUAACUAAACCAGGAAUACUGAAAAUGAUACGGUAACAGUAACAAUAUAAAGCAUUUUGCUGUCUUUUAAAUAAAUUAACUGCUGAGUUUUAAAAGAGUUUUGUCACCUGUUUGUAUGUGCAUUCAUGUGCACUGUGAAAGGAAGGAAGCCAGUGAGAGAAAGUAUUUUCAAAAUAAAAAAAAGAAAAACUUAAGAGUAAGAUGGCAUCAGAGCUACACUUCUCUAAUUAGUGGCUGUGCGUGCUUACCAGUUUAGCUACUAAAUUGGAUGAUGGAUAAAGUCAAGACUGAUGUGAGAAAUUGGGUUGUGGGUGAUAGUAUCUGGAAGAUUUGUGCAGUCAUUUGCUAUUGGUUUUGUAGCACUAGACCAUUAAUUGUGGAUCAAGAGUAAUAAAACAGAGAAGCUUGGUGUUUGUUUACAGAAAACUAACAAAAAACUACCAGUGAAACUUCAGAAUUUCAAACCAAAUUAAAAAUCACUUUCAGAACUUACAUGACAGUUCAGAUUGAGCAGAUCAAAAUUAAAUCAAUUGUAAUCACCUGGUGAGCAAUGAAAGACCAUGUCCACAAAAGGAAAAGCAACAAAAUUUAAGUAUGUUUUCAGUUUUGUAAUUAAGAGUUAAUUCUAGCAAAGAGCGUUAGGGAGAGAAGAAGUCUAAAGCAGUUCUAGAUGACAGUUAACAAAAAUGUUUAGUGUCUCUGUUUUUCUUGAACUCUUAAGACAUGGUUCAGCUAUUAAAUAUGGAAGAACAACUUGAACAGCAGAACUCCAUAUUCAGGACAUGGCCCUGUAGAAUUGAACGACCUACCAGUUUGAAGACCUGCCUGCUCCUUUUUCUUUUCUCCUUCUCAAAACAGGCAGCUUAGUUUGAACUUCUGUUUCAGCUCAUUUCAAACUUUGCAAUUUUGCAGCUUGCAUUUCUUCCAGCCACUAUGUGCUGGGUGGACUCUAACCUAUUUUUGAUGUAAAUGAAAUAUUAA